CCGGCAGCUAAAUGUGCCCGCCAAGAGCGCUUGUCGUGUGGAUUUACAUGAAUGUGGAGUCCACGAGUUAUUGCACUUAAACUGACAAAAAUCUCCCAUUCAGUAGGACAUAAAAUCCCUUUGUGUCAUUUAAAGGAGUUACAUUUGCUGUGUGGGCGGCUUCGUUAUAGCUCUGCGAACAAUUGGGGCGCAGAACAACGAUUUAUGUCAAGUGAACCGAAGAAAAUCCGCAUUGACGAAAUGACUAUUAAAAAGAUCGGAACUCACAACGGAAGCUUCCACUGCGACGAGGUCCUGGCCUGCUUCUUCCUCCGCCAGUUACCGGAGUACGCGGAGGCGCUGUGGACUUUCACAGAGAACUUCCACAGUCUGUGUCCUGAGAAGCCGUGGGUGACCAAGCUCAGCUCUGCCGGUCUGGUCUAUCUGCACUUUGGCCGCCGACUGCUGGCCCAGCUGACGCAGAUGAAGGAGGAUGACAGGCAGCUGGACGUGCUUUUUGACAAGCUGUACGAGAACUUUGUGGAGGAGGUGGAUGCUAUAGACAACGGUAUCUCACAGUUCGAUGGGGAAGCUCGUUAUGCCGUCUCCUCCACGCUGAGUGCACGUGUCGCACAUCUGAAUCCUCGCUGGAACAGCAAGAGUCAGGACACUGAGGAUGGUUUCAAGAAGGCCCUGAAGAUGGUUGGGGAAGAGUUUCUGGACCGUCUGGAUUUCUACAAAUCUUCCUGGCUGCCAGCCCGAGCAGUGGUCGAACAAGCAUUCAAAGAGAGACAUCAGGUUGAUCCCAGUGGGGAGGUGCUGCUUUUCUCUCAGGGUGGCUGUCCCUGGAAGGAGCAUUUGUUUGCGCUCGAGAAAGAACUAGACGUAGAAACUCCCAUCAAGUUUGUCCUUUACCCAGACCUGAACGGCCAGUGGCGUGUCCAGUGUGUCCCUGCAGGGCUAAGCACCUUCCAGAACAGGCUGCCCCUUCCAGAAGAGUGGCGCGGUGUGCGAGAUGAAGCGCUGUCGGAGCUCAGUGGCAUUAAGGGAUGCAUCUUUGUCCAUGCUGGAGGAUUUAUUGGCGGCAACAAAACCCAGGAAGGAGCCCUGGAGAUGGCCAGGAGGACCCUGCAGGCUGCCGCCCAGUCUCCUGCGAACGGAAGCAGCUAAACGUCCAGAACGAGCAGCCAAUGCUUUAUAAAGAAACGAAGAAUAAUGUGUUGGUGUAGAUUAUAAUGGUUUUGUUACAUCAUGAGUCACUAGCUGUCUUGUAGUUUUUCUAUGUAAUAAAGGCCACUGUGGCUUCUUGGUAUUCGUAUUUCCUAAUGGAUUAAAAACAUCAAUAAACAGUGUUUCUCACUU